AUGGCGAGCACGAACAACACCUUUCCUAUCACGCGGUACGAAUUGCCAAUACCCCUCAAUGUGGAAAUCGCCAACACAAAGCGUGAGUUCGCCAAAAUGCAAUGGGCCAAUCCUGGCGCGCUCGUUCUUCCUGAAAACGGCGGAUACUACCUCAAACGUCAUCCUGAAGGCAAGGUCGUGGCCAUUGCUUCUGACCGGCUCUGCUCCAUUACAGACAAUGCUUAUAUGUCGUUGAUUUACUAUCUCGAGAGCCAGGGUCUCUAUGAAGAAGCCAACGACCACAUGGAGGAUUUACGGAAAGCUGGGAUCGACGCUGAUAAGCUCAAGGCAGAAGCGAGCGAUGAGAUCAAGAGUGGGGCCUGCGCCGAGUCUUAUCCUCUUCUUGAACAGAGCGCAUCGGUAUCCUAUUACUUUGCGGGACUAGGCAUAUCCCUAAAUGCCGGUCUUUUGAAUGGAGAGUCACGAGCUAUUCGGGCUGGAAACACAUAUCUGAAAUACAAUACUAUUGAAGCCAUUCUACCAUAA